AUGACCACCAGAAAUAACUGCGUUACCAUCAAAAGCACGAUCGAUGGCCGUAAAGACCAUGGGAUAAUUAAGAAAAAGCUGAUCUUUGGAACCCUUAUUGCCGUUGGAGUUACUGUUUUUGUGGUGAUUGUAGUGACUAUUAUUCUGUGCCUCACCUGUUCAUGUUGUUGCCUGUAUAAAGCAUGUCGGAGACCACAGCCUGUUGUGACCACCACUACUUCCACUACAGUGGUUCAUGCUCCCUAUCCCAAACAACAAGGAGUGCCACCCAACUACCCAACAGCCCCAUAUCAAGGAUAUCAGCCUGUGGCUAUCCAGCCACCUUACCCCAUGCAGCUAUCAGGACUCCCUGCUUAUCAUGAAAGGGUGGCAGCUGGUGCUGGAGCACCUUACCCAAUCAGCCAGCCCCCUUACAACCCUGCUUAUGUGGAUCCUCAGAAGCCCACUUAUUGA